ACGUUUUUUAGAGAAAUAAAAACGGGUCGACGAAUCGAGGCGCAUAUUUUGCGUCAACGUAUUUUUUGACACUGGUGGCUCGAAAAUCUACCAGUCGUGGAGAGAGCUUCGGAAUUCUGGCCAUCAGUGACCAUGUACAUGGAUGCAAUCAGGAAUAAGAAGCUACCAAAUCCGGGAACAGCAUCGUAUGACACCCUGGAAGUUGCUGAAAAAGACCCUCUUAUUCUGGCGAAGCUACAUUUCUACAUGGCUAUCACAAGGACCUUCAGUCCUUUUCUUACCUUUUAUCAAAAGGAUGUACCAGUGAUUCCGUUCCUUGCCAAAGACUUGGCUGAGAUGAUGAAGAGUAUGCUGAGGCGUUUUGUCAAGAAAGAGGGAUUCAAGGAUAUGAGUUCACUGCAGCUGGUCAGGCUGGAUGUCAGUGACAAACAGAGCUGGGUCAACCUAAAGGAAGUAAACAUGGGAUUGGGUGCAGAAUCACUCCUUAAGGAACUACAGAAACAGAAAAAGAUAGGUGAACUCACAGCCCUGGAGUUUAGGAAAGACUGUGUCAAGGUGAUGUGUACCAUCACCCAGAAAGUACAGGAAAAGUGCCCAUUAAAGUAUCCUGUAGUGAGGCAGGUGGCCUGUUUGGACCCCAGCAUAAUGAUGUCUGACCCUGACUGGUGCAAGAGCAAUAUGACAAAACUGGUGCAGAGUUUUUUGCAAGCCCAACAGUUGUCAGGAGGUGUCUCUGCUGGUGAUGUUAUAAUCCAGCAAUUCAAUAAAUUUUUAUCUGUUGAAAAUGAGAGCUUAUUCUCAUACAAACCAACAGAAACGAGGCUAGACAUAUUCCUGCAUGGAGUUCUUGGGCAGCGCGAUGAGUUAUGGAGCUUUUGCAAGAAACUGCUUCUCCUGUCCCAUGGGCAGGCAACAGUGGAGAGAGGAUUCUCCAUUAAUAAAGAAGUGGAGACCUGCAAUAUGCAGGAGGAGACAAUGGUCAGUCAUCGACUAAUAUGUGAUUGUCAGCAUCUGUGGGGGGCUCCUCAAUGUCCCUAUCUCAAAGGAGUUACUGGCCUCUGCUGCAUCUGCUAGUUCAAGAUACAGAAUGCACCUUGAUCAGCAGAAAAAAAAUCCAAAUCACUGAUGUCCAGGCACAGAAGCCCAAAGCUUUGGAAGACGACAUCGAGGACCCGAAAAAAAGAAGAGAAUACUGGUCCAGGUAUCUUCGAGCCUGCAGAAGGAUGCUGACCAGCUUGCAGAAGAAGCUGAGGGAAAAGCUGGCACCUUGAUGGCACAGCUCAUUACAAAAUCCACCACACUGAGGAAGCGAUAUAAAGAAAAAACAAAUGAAUUACAGCAAAUUGAGACAGAGUUGGAUACAAAGGGCAAAGAACUGAGAUCUAUACAGUAAAAACCCAAUGUUCCGAUUAUUGGCAUGCAGUGUACAUGCCUCAUGUUACUGCUGUGCAGUUUGUCUGUCGAUGAUCUGCCUAAUGUUUAGUCAGUCUUUGCACUAUGUUUUGCAAUUUAUUGUUCUUUAACGCCUUCAAUAUGUCAAUAAACAAUGUGUGUUAAGGAUCUUAAUUGGUGGUAUUGUUUGCUGUUUGAAAAUUUGUUGAUAUGAAAUUGGUCUUAAAUUUAAUUCUGCAUGGUAUUAAAAAGGUCUUAAAAAGUCUUAAAUCUAACUUUUAGAAACCUGCAGAUACCCUGUACAGUAUACAUUAUUAUAUACAUCAUCUGCUGGUGUUGGUCCAUUGUUUUUUUGAAAACCAAAGUCACUGCACCUUUUUACCAGGAAAUUAUGGAGCACUUCAUGCUUCCUUCUGCUGACCAGCUUUUUGAAGAUCCUGAUUUCAUUUCCAGCAGGAUUGGCACCUGCACACACUGCCAAAAGUUGGUUAAAUGAACAUGGUAUUGGUGUGCUUGACUGGCAAGGAAACUCACCAGACCUGAACCCCAGAGAGAAUCUGUGAGGUAUAGUCAAGAGGAAAAUAAGAAA